UUCUUCCGACCUCUUUUUGGGUGGAAGAACAAAUUAGCCAUCUCCACUCCCCAGAGAGGGAACAGAGCCUCCCACUGUCUGACCUCAAAUAACACACAGCGCCCCGAUCUUGAGCCUAGACUAUGGCCAGGCGCUAGGCUGAGCAUUUUGCCUGCACCAUAUCCGUACCUCCUGACAAGGAACCUAAAAGGGAUCAUAAUAAUCUCCCCACUUUGCAGUGCCCCUGAGGCGCUUAGUUGCCCGGGUCCGCCGGAGGCCGCGCCAUGAAUGACCGAAACAGCCGGAGGAGGACACUGAAGAAAGACGACGAGGCCUUCGAGAUCUCCAUCCCCUUCGAUGAGACGCCCCACCUAGACCCACAGAUCUUUUACAGUCUGAGCCCCUCUCGGGGAAACUUCGAGGAGCCUCCGGAAGCUGCGUCCCCGACUGUGGCCCUGAUGAACGGGGUCAGGGCCCAGCUGCACAUGGCCCUGGAAAGGAACUCAUGGCUACAGAAGCGCAUCGAGGACCUGGAGGAGGAGAGGGAUUUCUUGCGUUGUCAGCUGGACAAGUUUAUCUCAUCGGCCCGCAUGGAUGCAGAGGACCACUGCCGGGUGAAGUCUGGGCCCAGGCGGGCUGAAGGAGACGGCCGGGGUGGGGCUGGGGGUGAGGCCUCAGACCCCGAGUCUGCAGCCUCCUCGCUCAGUGGAGCAUCUGAAGAAGGCAGUGCCGUGGAGAGGAAGAGGCAGAAGCAGAAGGGAAGUGCUGGCCGGAGGCGCUUCGGGAAGCCCAAGGCCCGGGAGAGGCAGCGGGUGAAGGAUGCAGACGGGGUCCUCUGCCGCUACAAGAAGAUCCUGGGUACCUUCCAGAAGCUGAAAAGCAUGUCUCGGGCCUUUGAGCACCACCGAGUAGAUCGGAACACGGUGGCGCUGACCACGCCCAUCGCAGAGCUGCUCAUUGUGGCCCCGGAGAAGCUGGCCGAGGUGGGCGAAUUCGACCCCUCCAAGGAGCGCCUGCUGGAGUACUCGCGCCGCUGCUUCCUGGCCCUGGACGACGAGACCCUCAAGAAGGUGCAGGCCCUCAAGAAAAGCAAGCUGCUGCUUCCCAUCACCUACCGCUUCAAGCGGUGAUCCCACCCCACCUGGCCCGGGAAACGCCCUUAGGUCCCCGCUUCCCUCCCUCUUCUGACUCUCCUGGCACUGGGAAAGUGUGCAUGAGUGGUGUGCUCUUCCAGAGGGCCUGGGGGGUGGGCGGCGUGUUUCUGAGUGUGCCCCUUCUCGUCCUGCAGGUCCCCACCUCCGGCCCCGGGUCCCUUGUAUAUAGAUCUGAUCCUCUCCUUAACCUCUCACGUUCCUAGCACCCUCCCCUUCCCCUGCAUCCCCUGGGUAGGAGGUCCACUUAGCCAGGCGCCCAAGAGCUGCUACCCAGGGGAUUGGUGUCUGCCGUUUCCUGGAGGGCACCCCUCCCCCGUGAGCUGCACGGUCAUACCCUCACCGAACCCUUCCUCCUGGAGGAGGGGGUGGGGGGACUGCGAGACUCUCUAUGGGGCGGGGCCCUGGACAUACCCCGUGUCAACCCUCAGCCCCGAGGAGAGGCUGGCCCACUCUGCCAGGAGUUCCCCACCCGCAUCCCGGACUGCCCCGAGUCCACGUGAGAAAGAAUUAUUCAGAGAAUUUAAAGUAAAGAGACGAUAAAAUUUGGAAUUAA